GUACUUCGGUUUUGCACUUUACCGUCCCGUCGAGUGAUUCCAAGCAGCCUGCAAGAUGACCAUCAACACCCUGGCUAAAGGAGGCUGGGACCGGGAGCAAAUGGCAUGCUUUCGGAAGAUGGAGAAAGUGAUUGUGGCCAUGCAGGACCCUGACAUGGGCAUGAAGAUGAGAAAUCAGAGGCUCCUUAUCACUGUCAUUCCACACGCCAUGACAGGCCGUGAUAUGAUUGCCUGGUUGAUCAAGAAAUACUCUAUCUGUGAGGAGGAAGCCGUGCACCUUAGUGGGAUGCUGGUGAGAUACGGGUACAUUUACCCUCUCAAAGAGCCAAGGUCUCUCGUGUUGCGGCCUGACGAGUCGCCCUACCGCUUCCAGACUCCCUACUUCUGGACGAGUACCCGGUGGCCUGCAUCAGAGCUGGACUAUGCAAUAUAUUUGGCUAAAAAGAACAUAAGAAAACAAGGAGAACUUAUGGAGUAUGAAAAGGAGAGGUACAGCCUGUUACACAAGAGGAUCAACCACACCUGGGACUUUGUAGUGAUGCAAGCCAGAGAGCAACUUAGAGCAUCCAAACAAAGGCGGAAGGCUGACCGCAUUGUUCUAGAAUGUCAGGAGCAGGCCUACUGGCUCAUCAAUAGACCCCCGCCUGGGGCACAUAAUGUGUUGGACAUGGGUCUGGAGAGGCCAAAUAACUUCAGUGCACGAGUUACACUGAACAGCGACUACUACAACAGUGAGAUUGAAACCUGUCGAAGGGCCCUUGGAAGAAACCGUGUAAAGUCAUCCAUCUGCCUUGAAGGUUUUGUGAAAUACAGCGAGCAGUACCAGAACCACGACCCCAUUAUGCAAGGCUGCCUUCCCAGUAACCCCUGGAUCUCUGAUGACACAGCACACUGGACAAUGAGUUCAGAAAUCGUGCCGACGCCGACGCGUCUAAGAGUGGAACGCUGGAGCUUCAGCUUCAUGGAGCUUCUCAAAGACAUCAUGGGGAUGCGGGAGUUCAUGCUCUACCUGGAGAAAGAGUUUAGUGCGGAGAACCUGUGUUUCUGGCAGGCCUGUGAGGAUAUCAGGCAUGGAGAAAGUUCCAGGAUCUUAGAGAAAGUGGAAGAUAUCUACAAAAACUUCCUGGCUCCCGGAGCUGCUCGUUGGGUCAACAUCGACAGUAAGACGAUGGAUAAAACUCUCCAGGGGCUCAGACAUCCACAUCGUUUUGUCAUGGACGACGCACAAAUGCACAUCUACUUUCUCAUGAAGAAGGACUCUUACCCAAGAUAUCUUAAGUCUGACCUAUAUAAGAACAUGCUGGCCAAAGCUAUUGUCCCCCAGGAGACGAAGAAAAGUGUGUUCCCCUUCAUGAGACGCCAGCGGCACUCCAGCCCCUCCCCUGCUCAGGCUGUCAUCCAGGUGACAGAGGAAGACGGGCAUGCCAAGGGGGCCGGACGAGCAGGUACUAACUCUGCAGCCGGCUCCCAUGUCUGAUAUCGGGGCCAAAUCGCAAUCUCCGUUGUCUUCGUUGGCUACCUUAGUAACCACCCAAGGACUUUUUUCUUUCAAGUAAAACUUUCUGUGUGAAAGCAACGCUUUUCUUUCACCGAACUAGACCUAGGAUAUCUACGUUACAGCUUCCUCCCGAGCACAGGUGUCAACGCGUACCUCAGCAGCCUCACAUCUUAAUCCCAGAGCAUGAGCAGUAAACAGCAGAGGGACAAGAGCUUUUAGUGCAUCUACAUACACAUGUACACAUCUCAGUCCGGCUGUUCUUGAUAUUGAUUUCUAAUAACAAGUCUUCCUUUCUGCCUCUAUAGCCUUUAUAUAAAAUAUACUCUGUCUCUCAUAAGCAGGUUUAGA